AUGACGAAGAAAACAGCAAUAACGAAGGCAAAGGAGGUGGUAGCGAGCAGCAUAGUAGAUCUAUACAGCAGAACCCUCCCUAAGUGUUUGUGUAUAGCAGAUUUGGGCUGUGGUUCUGGACCCAAUACCUUGUUGGUGAUCACUGAGAUCAUAGAUGCCAUUGAAUUAGAACGCAAUGGAAUGGGUCACCCACCACUUGAAUACCAAGUAGUUCUGAAUGAUCUUCCAGGAAAUGAUUUCAACUCCAUAUUCAAGUCUUUGCCAAUUUUCUAUGAGAAGACCAAGAAGGAGAAGGAACACCAAAUGGGUCCCUGUUUCAUAUCUGGAGUUCCUGGUUCUUUCUUGGGAAGACUUUUCCCAAGCAAGAGUCUACACUUUGUUCACUCUUCCUAUGGUGUUCAUUGGCUCUCUCAGGCAUACUUGAAGCAAUUUCAGAAGGAUUUCUCAGUUUUUUUAAGGUCACGUUAUGAGGAAAUAGUACCUGGAGGACAUAUGGUCAUAACCCUUUUGGGCAGGACAAGUGAGGAUGACUUUAGCACAGAUUUUAGUUGCCUCAAAGAGCUUUUAGCUAAGUCACUCAAUGACCUGGUCUCACAAGGGCUCAUUGAAGAGGCUAAAGCAGAUUCAUUCAAUUUACCUCUUUAUGCACCAUGUGUUGAAGAAGUAAGGGCUAUACUUCAAACAGAAGGGUCAUUUGAUCUGGAAAAGCUAGAGAUGUUUGAGACAAAUUGGGAUCUCUCUCUUGACAACUAUAAUGAGGAAUUUGUGUUUGACAAGUACACAAGUGCACAAAAUAUCACAAGGCAUCUAAGAGCUAUUACAGAGUCCUUGUUGGUUCAACACUUAGGAGAUGCCAUAAUCAACAACAUAUUUCAGAGAUUUACAGAGAAUAUAGAAAAACACUUAUCAGAGGAGAAGUCCAGGGAGAAAUCCAGGAAUGUUAAUCUAGUAAUUUCUCUGAGAAGCAAAAAUUAG